CUUGUCGUAAACGCACGCACAAUUACAUUCCUAGUUGCCUGUGUGCAACUGUCCCCCCACGUGUGUGUGUGUGUGUGUAUGUUUGUGUUCACUCGAUGGGCGGUGGAUGUUUAAGUCCUCUCCCGGCAGAGACUUUACGUUCAAACUUGUUUUGUGUAUUUCUGUAGUAGCUUGGAUAGCAAUACGACUUAUCAAAGCUUCAAAUUCCUGACUCAAAGAGCGACUUCCAAGAUGGCUGAGAUGCGGAGUCGGAGAAGGAGCAGUAAGACAGCUCCAGUGAUUGUCACUCACAAUGUCAAGUGUGUGGUGCUGGGGGACGGCGAUGUCGGCAAGUCCUCCAUGCUUCUGACCUACUUAAGUGGUCGCUACCCUCUGGAGUGUCCACCUGGUCCGAUCGACGGACAUUCAGAAUUUGACCACUUGACUUCCAAUCCCUCCACAAUAGUUCACGAAAAUGUUCAUGUCAAAUUGACCAUAGUGGACACAUAUGGACAGGAUGAAUACGACAAACUCAGAGAGAAAGUCUGUGGCUUUGCUGACGUCUACAUAUUGUGCUUUGACGUCAGUCGACCCGAUACACUGGAAAGGUUACGUCAUCAUUGGCUUCCUGAAAUGAGACGAUACUCCACGGCACAAACUCCAUUCGUUGUGGCUGGACUCAAGACUGACCUGAGGACCAAAGCUCAGGCCGAUAGUGAGAGCGACAUCUCCAAGUUUGUCACGUACGGGGAGGGACUGAAAGAAGCUGCAGACCUGGGCUCAUUGCAUUACGUCGAGUGUUCGGCCAAGAACAACACUAGUGGAGUUAAGAAAGUCUUAGAGAAGGCUGCUCAGGCGGCACUGGCCAACAGCUUGCCAUCAGAUCUGAAGCGGACAAGCUGUGUGGUGUCAUAGGAAUUUUUUUAAAAAUUAGGAUUUAGAAAGAAAUUUUCAGAAAUAAUUUAUAUUAAUAGGAUUUUUUUUUAUUUUAUAAAAGAUAUGAAUAAGCUUCAAACAAAAAAAAAUACAACAUAAAAAAUACUGUAAAAAAAAAAAGACAAUACCUCUUUUAUACAACUUAUAGAGUGAUUCUUUUGCUCUUUAUAACUAAUUAAUGCUAGAUUAAAAAAAAAAGAACUUUUUUGCGCACGCCCCAUCCCCCCCCCCCACCCUUUUGUAAGAAAAAUACUUGUUAAGCGAAUGUAGAACUCUACUAGAUUUUAUAAUAUUCCAAUGAUAGCCAUCUAGAUCUAGCCCCAUAGCCAAAAUUAAAUUAAUUUCUGUUUAUUCUUUGAAAAAUUAUAGCGAUCAAGCUAGAGAUUUUCCCAGUGUGGCCAAUGGGCUAAUAAUUUUUUUUCCCAACUAUAGACAUCAAUUGUCAAAUUUCUAGGAAAAUCGUUAGAGACGUUUUCGGAAUCCGUGUCCACUAAGGUUUUGGUUUACUCAAAGAUACAAGAUGAAAAGAGGUAUUGUAUAAUUUAACAGAGAAAGAAAGAAGGAAAGAGGAAAACAGAGAGAGAGUGAGAAAGAGGAAGAAAAAAAAUGCAUACACUUAUUGUUUGAGGUAAAAAAAAAAAACUUGAAUCAACAGAAAAAGGGGGGAAAAUGAAAUCACUCGUUCAAUUUCACCCCAAAAUGAUUUGUCCUCCACUUGUUGACUUUAGUUCGCGUGCUAUAGAACAUUCCAGAAAUCUGCAACUUGUUCUGGUGAAAUAGGAAAUAAUAAUAGAGUCAUACUAAUUAAAUGAAUUACAAUGUUAGCCUAUAACAUGACCAGCAGCGCGUUGCACGGUCAUGGCUAUGUUUUUCUUAAAUCAAUAUUAUCUUUUGCCUAAUAUCUUAAUCGUCUAAUAAUAAACGAAUUUCGUGGUAUCAGGGGGAGACAAUGAUGUAUGGAAUACGGUGAGUGAAUAUUGAAUCGAGUGCAAUGUGUAAAUAUUCAUUUCAUGUACGUGUGUGUGUGUGUGUGUGUGUGUGUGUGUGUGUGUGAACUAUAUAGAAUGACAAUGAACACAUAAAAACUACUUCUUUAAAUAUUUUGUAUUCACCCAUUGAUGGAUGUGAAUAAAUUGUGAACAGACACCUAACAA